AUGGAGUCUUUAACGUACCGCGGAUCUACCUCCGACUUCUCUCGCUUUAAGUCCGGCAUUAUCAUCAAGUCGCCUAUGAAGGUUUGGGCAGGAAACCCCAAUCGCAAGAAACUGGAGGAAGAAAUGGAGGAAGCCAUCUCUUUUGAACGACGGAUUCUGGAAAAACUGGGUAGCCAUCUCAGGAUCGUUCCAUAUCUGGGAGCUCAUGCCCCUUCUAGGGGCAUUCUGCUUACCGAAGCAAGCCAUGGAAAUCUGCAGGCAUAUAUUGAUUUCAACAACGCAGCAAUUAACAAUUCUUUGCGUUGGAAAUGGUCUGUGCAAGCGGUCGAAGCCGUUGCAUAUGUGCACAGGCAGGGCGUGAUACACUCGGACCUGCGACCCGAAAACUACCUGGUGCAUGCCACGGGUGAGUUAUCGCUAGACCUUUGGCUCUGCGACUUUGGUGGAUCGAGAUGUGACGAGCUGGGAUUCAAUGUCCACCACCUGCCUGACGAACCCUUUUUUGACCCCCGGAUGCCGUGGGAGUCGACGCCAGCAACUGAUAUCUUCAGUCUAGGGUCCAUCGUCUAUACCACUCUGACAGGAUACUGGCCAUAUAGGGAAGGCCCGCCCCCGGUGACUGUUGAGGACAAAAAUGCCUAUGAGACCCACGUGAACGAGAUGUUUGCAGCCGGGAUAUUCCCAGACGUGUCCAUGUUGAGAGGUGGGAAGGUGAUCAAGGGAUGCUGGGACCACCAGUACAAAACGGUCGAGGAGGUGCUGUGGGCUAUUAAGUCGGAAAUGGUAACGCUGGAGAAAUAG